UUUGGGGACUUCAGUGUUGAUCACGUACACAAUAGCAAAUCACCCCUUGCUGGUCACACUAGUGACAGCUACCAAUCGGCCCCCCCACCAUAUACUACCUCUGCCACAUCAGAACCUGCCUGGUCUUCUGGAAACGACGCUGAAGGUAUUUGAUUCCUCCAAAGUCUCGCCACAUUUUUAAUUUACGAUUUCACGACCAGCUUCUCGAGCAGCCCGAGCAGCGUAUCUCCGCCAACCUAUGCGUGCGGAAUCAUUGGAAGAUGCGCUCGAGACGCUGCGCCAUUAUGAUACAAUUAUUAUCAUGGACGAUUCCUCGUCAAUGGCUGGUUCGUUGUGGAAGGAGGCAAAACAGGCUCUCGCAACACUCGCUGAUGUUGCGGGUCAAUAUGAUGCCAAUGGUGUUGACAUUCACUUUUUGAACCAUUACGGAAGCAUGACAGGAGUUACAGACUCUAAAACUAUCCAUGAACAAUUCGCCAACCUCCAGCCUUGCGGCCCUACCCCUAUUGGGCAUCGUCUCGAUGUAAUCCUCGGCGAUUAUUUCCAUAGCUUGGACGCUGCUAAAAGACAGGAGGAUGCUGGUGACUAUUAUGCGCGCAAGCAAAUCAAGCCCGUGAAUGUGAUUAUUAUCACUGAUGGGGCACCAACGGACGAUCCCGAGAGUGUGAUCGUCUCUUUUGCUAAGCGACUCGAUGCUGAUAAGUGGCCACUUGCACAGGUUGGGAUACAGUUCGUUCAGAUAGGGAAUUCGAGACGCGCAACCCAGUUCCUUGUAGAGUUGGAUGAUAACUUGAUACAAACACAUCAAAUACGAGAUAUUGUCGACACAACACCCUAUAUCGGCCAACUGAAUGCUGAGAUGCUAAUUAAAAUUCUCCUCGGUGGCAUCAAUCGUCGCGUGGAUACCAAGGGUGGUGCUGCGGUCAUGUAUUAGGAAGUUUUGAAUUACAAAGUGGCGAGAUAUCAUAUCUUAUGUGAAGCUUGGAUUUUGUUAUCAG